AUGCUUUCUGGAAAAGAAAAGCAGGAUAAAUUGAUCCGAGCUACCGAUCUAGAUGCGUUGAGUUGUCGACUCAGUACCAAUGCAAGCUCAUAUUUCUCUCCACCAGACGUUUACAUCCCUAAUUUAGUGGAAUCUUACCAAUCUUAUUUACAGUAUUGCGUUGGGUAUUCAUCUAUAUCCGCCGGAAGAGUUCUUAGAUCCCUGUUUAGUAGGAAGUUACCGCUCAUAAAUAAGGGUACUUACCUUCGAACGAAACUGAUUGACUUGAUUGUGGAGAAAUUUGUUGAAGAAUUCAAAACUUGCCAAAUUAUUUCUCUUGGAGGUGGAUCUGAUACAAGAUGCUUUAGAAUUUUGGACAAAUAUAGAGACGGCGUAACCUAUCACGAGAUAGACUUUCCCGAAUCUGUUAAGGUUAAGAAAUUAGCAAUCGUGAAUUCUGAUGUGUUGAGUAAUAUUGUUAAUUUCAAGGCAGAGAGAGUUAAUGUCUCAUCAAGAGAAGAAUUUCAGGAACUAACUCCAAGUUUACAUACGGAUAAAUAUCACUUAAGUUGCCUAGAUUUGAGACAUAUUUCAAUUGACUCGAAUGAACGUGAGCAAGUACUCGAAGGGAUAGACUCCAAAAUACCCACUUUGGUGCUUAGUGAAUGCGUUCUUUGUUACAUGGCUCCUAAAGAAAAUGAGCAGGUUUUGAAAUUUUGGAAGAACUUUUGCAAACAUUUUAUUGCAUUUGUAAUUUACGAGCCGAUGUCAUUGAAUGAUCUGUUCGGAAAUACAAUGACUAAGAAUUUGUUGGAGCGAGGUUUGAAUUUAUUGACUUUCAAUCACUUCCCCAAUCUAUUGGCAAGAAAGGAAUUCCUUGCAGAUGAGUGCAGCUUCUCAAGAAUCAGACUAACCGACAUGAGUAAUAUUGCUGGGUAUGGUACACUGAACUUGUUUAAUCCAUGGAUAGAGCCUGAAGAGCUUCGGAGAGUGAGCCAACUAGAAAUAAUGGACGAAAUAGAAGAGAUAAAACUUCUCCUUGAACAUUAUUGUAUUUGCUAUUCAGAGUUUUCAGAAAAUAAUGCAAAAACAUUCAAUGGGAUUGAUAAUUGGCUGUGGAUAAUGGCUGUGGACAAAUAA